AUGUUUUCCAAUACCAUGAUGCCGUGGCUUUCCGAAAUUGAAGACCUUGAACUACGAUCGGCCGUUGAAGAAUUGACACGAACAACUCCCGACAGUAUACCAGUGAUUCAACGCUUAAUAGCCUAUUACGCGGAAAAGCUGUCAACAGUACAUGGCGAACGCGAACGCAAAAGGCCAAAGAUCGACCACACUGUUGUUGAUUUACAAGAUGCCGUCACCAUUUCUGAUAUAUCGGUUCAGCUACCUGCGCGCAAAAAGUAUACUCUGGUGUUGUCGUCGAAGAUAUUGGUGCUGAGGAACCCAAAGACAGAGGAGAACGACUUUUCGUAUACAUUAGAUGAUAUGCAGCUGAUAGCAUGUGUGCCAAGUCCUGGUGCAGCCAAGGGUGAUACGUUUGCUCUAUUCUCUAAGAAUGCAGGCAUUGACCCUGUUGUGUUUAAUAUUCCAAACAAGACACCCAAUCCAUUGGUGGUCAAGCGGGCUGGGGAUCAAGCAGAUGAGAUAUUGAAUGAAUCUGACCAAAAGCGCGAUCGCUUGCUCUCACUCUUAAGUGUCCAAGGGCAAAUCCCAACAAGUCGUCCUUCCCAAAAAGCAUUUCGAACCACGAUCGAAUCGUCAAAGACAGGGAAACCAGUAGUAGGAAUGAUGGAGGAAGAUGGAAAUACGAUUCGAUGUCAUGCAAAUACGUAUCUCAAAGCCAAGGAAGGAUGUUUAUACUUUUUACCCGAAGGUAUCCUAUAUGGAUUCAAGAAGCCAACGAUCUUUUUCCCACUCAACAGCAUCUCAUCCACAUUUUUUUGCAACAUCAUGCAACAUACGUUCAAUCUGGUUCUCGUGCUCAAAGAAAAUCAUUCGCCAUUGGGGUCAUCUAUCAGCGACAAAACAAUCGAAUUCUCACUUAUCGAACAAUCCGAAUACACCGGCAUUGAUUCUUAUAUCCAAACCUGUGGAAUCAAUGACAGUAGCAUGAGCGAAGAAAAAAUGGCACCAGUUUCAAAAAGAGCAUCAUCAACAACAGCAGCAGCAGUGGCGGGAACAGCAGUGGCUACCGCAUCAGCAUCAACUUACAAUGACGAUGAGGAUGAUGAGGAAAAUGAUCUUGAUUUUACGCCAAGUGAUGAGGAGGAUGACCCGCUUGAAUACGAUUCGGAAGCAGGAGAUAGCUCAGGUGAUGAAGCACAACAGAAUGCAUUGAUUGGCGAGGAUCAGGAACAGAGCGACGCCGAAGCAAUUGAAGAUAAAGAGGAAGCGGAUGAGGAAGAUCUCGAAAAGGAAUCAGCAGGUGAAGAAGAGGAAGAAGAUGACACUUUUGAACAAGAGGAAGACGCUGCGGAUGCUAGUGACGAAGAAGAACGGGACAUUACGCGAACCGAUAACGAGACCGAUGAUCAAGACCUCAUUGCAGAGGAAGAAGACGAGGUUGACAUGGCUGAUGAAGGUGAAGAAGAUGAAGAAGAGGAUGAUGCAAAGAGCGAAAGCCUAGGUAGCAGCAGUGACCAAGAUAUUGAUGAGGACAUGCACGAUGCAUCAAUACCCGAUGAUCGCAAAGAAGAAAAGGAUGAAUUGGAUGAUAGCGACUAA